CUGAACACUGCAAACAUGAAGGCCUUCAUCGUUUUGGUUGCCCUGGCUUGUGCCGCCCCAGCUUUCGCCCGCACCAUGGACCGUUGCUCCCUGGCCCGCGAGAUGUCCAACCUGGGCGUUCCCCGCGACCAGCUGGACAAGUGGACCUGCAUUGCCGAGCACGAGUCCUCCUACCGCACCGGAGUGGUGGGUCCCGAGAACUACAACGGCUCCAACGACUACGGCAUCUUCCAGAUCAACGACUACUACUGGUGCUCUCCUCCCAGCGGUCGCUUCUCCUACAACGAGUGCGGUCUCAGCUGCAAUGCCCUCCUGACCGACGACAUCACCCACUCCGUGAGGUGCGCCCAGAAGGUCCUCAGCCAGCAGGGAUGGUCCGCCUGGUCCACCUGGCACUACUGCAGCGGAUGGUUGCCGUCCAUCGAUGAGUGCUUCUAAGCCGACUUUGAAUAGAAUAAAAUGAUUGCAUAACGCCAGCAUCUGCUCUUUGAACUACACAAUCUUCUGAAGUUCUAUAUACUAACGCUGGUAGCUUAGGUUAACUUGGGCUGACUAGCAUGCAUAAGUUGGGUAAUUCAUUUAUCCUUAGUGCCAUUACCAGUAGUAUUACUUUUCCCCCAAGCACAGUAAAACCCGCAAUCAUGAAAUAUCGCUGAUUAUACAUUAUGGAAAUAUUUAACUCCUAAGCCACCAGAUCAUUAAGUAAUAAUAAGGCCCGCUUUCGACAACUCUU